AAACAACGAAAGGUUCACAAUCAACAACAAUGAUGAAAAUUAGAAUUCGAAACCGCAGAAUCACGAAGUCUAUUGACAUAGAUAAUGAGUGUAAACUUAAUGAUCUACGUCAGUUUAUUUUUGGAUUGUUUGACGACACUUUUCCAAGGGAAUAUUUUUUUAGUUUGAAUGGUAGAGAUCCUAUGACAGGAGCUGACACUUCUACAGAAGAAGACAGUCCCUGGAACAACGAUGAUUUAACACUUAAAGACUGCAAUAUAGUUGGUGGGGAUUUAAUCCACAUUGUUUCUUUAGAUGAGGAGGAGACUCCAAAACACUGCAAUGAACAGGACAAAAAUGUUGCCAUGGAAACAGAUCAUUCAACUGGUUCUAGUUCUAAACAUGACGAUAACAAACCAUCAACUAGUGGUUACUAUGACAACAGUUCACAAAUAGCAAACACUAAAAAUCCUACAUCAGUAGCAUCUGGUUUCUCAUAUAGUGAAUCAGAUGUAGCUAUGGAAGAGAAACCAGUAGAUCAUGCCAUUGUAAACAAAUGUUUAUCAGAGCCACUGUUAUGUAGAGACAGUGUACAGGGAACAGUUCCACCACUGCUGGUUAAAUUUUAUAUAGAAAGUGAUGUUACAUCUACACAUGAAGCUCUGGUUGUUGUAUUACAUAUUCUAAUGUUAGAAUCAGGAUACAUACCUGUACAGACAUCAGAUCAAAGCACAGCCUCUGGAAGAUCAGAUAUGAUGAAUGAAGACUGGAAGAAAGGAUCACCAGCAAGUUAUACAAUAAAGUACACACACAGCAGUUGUUCUGAUCCAGAUAUUUUUACACUGGUCUGUUUAAAGAUGGGCAAAUUAUUGAUCAUUCAUGGUAGAUCACCAGAUAAAGAAGACAUACCAUUGAAUAUUACUUUUUCUGACUUUAUACAAUCCAUUGAUGGAGAAAUAAAUGAAGUUUAUAAGAAUUUACCAAAGUUGUCAAUGAUAUUUAAAGAUACUAUAUCAUUACCACUGCUGCAGACAUAUAGACAAAAUCAUGGAUUUCCUGUAUUGAGUGGUAUUAUGUCAUUAAGUCAUGAAAUUAAAUUGACAGUUUUUAGUUUCCUUGAUGUGCCAAGCACUGUAAGAAUGAUGGAUACAUGUAAAGAUUUCCGACAGAUUUGUAAAGACAGAUAUUUAUGGCGUAGACUUUAUCUCAAAGAUUUUGGAAAUAGACAGAAUAAUGAUUUAUCACAAGACUGGUAUACUAUCUAUAAGUCGGAAUAUCAAUUAAGGAAACAAAGAGAAAAAGAUCGACGUAGAUUUCUAAGUCAGAUGACCUGUAUUGUACCCCCUGUAUUUAGACCAGAUCAUGAUCCAGGUUUUCCUAACCCACUACCGUCGUAUCCACCAGGAAUGAUUGGAGGAGAUUUUGAUCUUUUCCCACAGUUCCAAGGUCCUGGUGGUGUUGGUGGUUUUGGUGGUCGGAGAAGUGGACAAAAUCCAUUACAACCAUUACAGCCAAGAUUUGAUCCUUUAGGACCUUUACCGGGUCAUAAUUUUCGGCCUGGAAGGGGUGGCGGAUUAAGAGACAAUAGAGGAAUGUUUGGAAGAAUGGGAGGACCUAGAUUUUUUUAGACUUUAAUCAAAAGUUGAAAAAAAAAAUCAAUAACUAUUUUGAUUUGUGGAAUAAUCUGUUAAAAUUAUACAUCUAUUAAAUAUUAAGUGCUU